AUGUCUGACGAGUCAUUCCCGCCAAUCUUUUCACCAACGCGCUCCAACACCCACGAUCCCUAUGGGCAAUUGCCCUGGAUCCGGAGGAUUCGUUCGACAAAGAACACUAUUCUUUCGUUUGAAGGACGCCAGCUCUUUCCGUGGUUCUGGCCUGUGAACGAUCGCGGCGAGAGAGUCACUCCGGACGAACUCAAUGACCAUCGCCUCACGCAUGAAUUCCGAGGGCCUGGAUGCCUCUGCGCAUCUCGCAUCCAGGCCCCUGAUGCUUUUACAGAAGCCCGCAUCUUCUGUGCUGAGAGCGGCGUUGUCACAGGUCAAUGGGUUGCCGCUUGCGGCAGGGGGGAGUGCAAAUAUUUUGUUCGUCUAGAGCCUUUUUACAUCAAACUGGGGCACCCGAUCCGUCGCUACGACCGUCGUCGUAAGUCCGUGAAGAUGAUACAGGAGUUCUUUAGCUAA